AUUUCCCUUCACAAACAGUAUAUAGAAAUUGCAGAAAUGGACGGCGACGCGGCACAAAUUCAGAUUCGGCUGGUAGCCAAGCAGGAAAAAUAUGCGGUUUCGGACGCCCCGAUGAUGGUGCCGCAGAGUGUGCAGCGGUAUGGGCUGUCAGAGAUCGUGAACCACCUUCUCGGGAACGAGAAGCGGGUGCCGUUUGAUUUCCUGGCCGACGGACAGUUCCUGCGCGGCACCAUUGCGUCGUACCUGGAGGAGCACAGCCUGUCGGCAGAGAACAUCCUGACGCUCGAGUAUGUGGAGUCGAUGCUGCCGCCGACAGAGAUCGCCUCGUACAGCCACGACGACUGGAUCAGCUCGGUAUCGGCCUCGAGUUCGUCAAGGUUCGUCGUCGGCUCGUAUGACGGCGUGGUGCGGGUGUGGAAUGCGCAGAGCGAGUGCGAGCAGGAGCUGAAGGUGCAUGACUCUGCGGUCAAGUGUGUGCAGGCGGUGGAUGGGCACAAGGUUGAGUUCCUGUCGGGCUCUCAGGACCGCACAGCAAUUGCGUGGGGCAACAAGAACGGGCAGAAGCGGGCACUCGUGGAGGGCGUGGUGGUGAACCCGUCGGGCACGCACUUUGUGACGGCGUCGGCAGACGCAACAAUCCGGUUCUGGAGCCUGGCGGUGCCGAAGGAGUCAGAGCAGGUCGGCGAGCAGCCGCAGGCAAAGAAGCGCAAGGGCAGCCGGAUGGGCGAGGUGGUGACGAAGGCGGCCAUCGGCACGCUGGCGGGGCAUGUUGGCGGGGUCACAUGCGUGUGCUUCAACAAGGACCAGGAGUCGCAGGUGUUCUCGGGCGGCUGGGACCACUCGGUGCGCGCCUGGGACGUCGCGUCGGGCGUCAACCUGUCGACAAAUCUGUGCGAUAAGGUGGUGCUUGAUCUGGACUACUCGGCGCACUCGAAGCUUGUCGCCACGGGCCAUGCGGACCGCUCGCUGCGGCUGUGGGAUCCGCGGUCUGACGACAGCACCGUGGUGAAGCUGAAGCUGACGAGCCACAAGGGGUUUGUGUCGGGCGUCGCCUGGGCGCCCAAGUCGGCGUAUAUGCUGGCCAGCGCCUCGCAUGACGGCACAGUGAAGGUGUGGGACAUCCGCAGCCGCACUCCCCUGUAUACGGUGGCGGCCACCGACGCCAAGGACAAGGGCAAGAAGCUGCUGGCGAUCGAUUGGCACAACGAGCUGUUGUUGACGGGUGGCGAGAGCGGAUCGCUGAGGAUCCACUCGGUCAACAGCCAGUACGAUCAGGAGUAGCACAGCCCAGCAAUUUCUAGUGAAUAGUAUAGGCGAAUAAACAUCACCGGGAGCACGGCCAAACAGACUGCGGGCGUGUUGCGGCAGAG